AUGGCUAGACUUGAGGAUGAGUUCCGUAACAUAAUCAUCUCCCAUGCUAGUCCCGUUGAGACAGAGACACUUACUGAGUUGAUGUCAUCAAAUCACUUGACUCCUAGAACCAGCACCUCCAUUAGCGAGUUUCCAGGAAACGAAGAUUACAGCAGCCGAGAUGUGUGCUUCAAAAAGCUUCGAGUUGAGAAAUUAAGCACCAGUUAUUUCCAAAGGAUGGAAUGGGAGGCUUUGAAUACGAAGAUUGGGACGUGGAUGUGUGCAACGAAAAUGUGCGUUAGGGUUUUGUUCGCAAGAGAGAAGAGACUCUUCGAGCACAUCUUCGAAGGUCUAGGAACAGCGACAAAUGAUGCAUGUUUCAUGGAAACCGUUAAAGCCGAAUCAUUUAGAGUUCAAGCGAUGGAGAUUCUCUCGAGGCUAGCAGAAGCAGCUAGAGGAAUGAUAAACGAGUUCGAAAACGCAAUUCUUCGCGAGGCUUCUAAAUUUCCCUUCCCCGGAGGAACGAUUGAUCCAUGA